AUGUUGAAUCGUGUCCCAAAAGCCUCGAGGCUUUCAAGCCCUUGCCCAACGGCAUAUCUUACGACUCUUCACGACGUCGACCUCUUCUACCCUCGCCAUAUUUCUACCUUGUACCCUUCGACUUGCGAGUGUGCUUCAUUGCCAAGAGUCGGAAGUCCUGUCACCCAAGACCCGCCGCUAGCUCCCUUAGCCUUCCCUAAACCCUCUAGGGACGACGUCAUGCCUUUGAACGUACACCCAAUAUAUCUCCUUGCUCUCCUUGCCAUCUGGCCUAAAUUCUUACAUGCACUGCCCGGAUCGGAAAUCUGGAACGCAUUUGUCUCUAAAAUUAGCACUCCAGAUUGGUUUGCCCAAAGCCAACCAUCAAUACAACCUAGAGAACUGGAGAAACGAGAUGGGACGAACUACAACCCAGAUGGGACACCCUUCCUCUGGCUACCUGAAGACGACUACUCUGGGAAGAGUUUCUUCGACAACUUUGACUUCUUUAGCUGGAGAGACCCGACUGAGGGGAUGGUAAACUAUGUCAAUCGAACAACGGCUUUUGCGAGAAACCUUGCAUACGUUACAGACGACAAUAAGGUUGUGAUGAGGACGGAUAAUACGUCGACCUUAGAGCGUGGCUCGUAUCGAGAUAGUGUCCGAAUAAAUACCAAGAAGACCUACACUACAGGCCUGUUUAUCUUGGACCUUGAUAAAGCGCCAUAUGGCUGCGGUAAAAUUUCGAUUUGGCCAGCAUUCUGGUCCACUGGGUUCGAUUGGCCGACAGAGGGAGAAAUAGAUAUAUUGGAAGGUGUCCACGAUAACGAACACAACCAGAUUGCAUGGCAUACAACGCAAGGAUGCUUCUAUGACCAAAACGCGACAUUUACGGGCACAAUACCUCUACACGACGGUGUACCCAGCACAGAUUGCUGGAACGAAACCAACCAAAACAGUGGUUGCGAUGUCGUCGAAUGGAGUAGGGCAUCCUACGGCCCCUUCUUCGAGGCUCAAGGAGGAGGAGUAUUGGCGAUGAAGUGGGACGAGAACGACAUUUCCAUCUGGUCAUUCUUCCGUGCUGCAAUUCCAAAAGACAUCACGUCCGGCACUCCGAACCCGUCUGAGUGGGGUCUCCCCUCGGCGAGGCUGAUGAACACCAUGUGCGAUAUUCCCAAGCACUUUGCACGCCACACAGUUAUAUCACGCUUUGUGGUGCUUGGGCUGGGGCCUCUUAUGCUACGUCAGGAUGCCCUGGAACGUGUGACGAACGCCUGA